AUGACCUCCCGCGAUGGCUUUCAAUGGACUCCUCAGAAUGGACUGAAACAAGGUGUCCCAUCUAUUGGUGUCAUAUCUCCAUCAACAAAAAUCACCUCAGACACACCAUGGGAUGUCAUUGUCAUCGGAGGUGGAUAUUCUGGUCUCACAGCCACUCGAGACAUGUACCAGAUGGGAGAGGAGCUGGAGCCUUCUUUCGAUUUCUCCCGUGGAGUCAACUACUUCGAAUUGCGCACCGACAAACAUUCUACCACCAUGAGUCACGAGGAAGAGGAUACGCUACUUGCCACGGCGUUGGAAAAGUUUGUGAAUGUCGAUGGUGACAUGGGUCGUAUAAUUGUCCCCUUUCCCUAUGCCGGAUUCCACAACCCCGAUGCACGCAAAUACGACAAAAUGUCAGUUUUAGAUCGUCUGAACGUCAUUUCUCAGUCUCUCACACCAAAUGAACGAACCGGACUGGAAAGCUUUAUUCUGCUCUGCAGCUGUGGCACCCUCGAGACAACCAGCUUUUUCGAGUUUCUACAUUGGUGGGCUUUGUGUGGCUAUACCUACCGCGGAUGCAUGGACUGCCUCAUCUCAUUCAAAUUCAAGCAAGGCCAAUCCUCAUUUGCCAUAAAGUUCUUCAACGAAGCACUAUCGACAGGGAAUCUAUCAUAUGCAUUUAACAGCCCUGUUAAGUCGAUUCAGGAUGAGGACAAGAAAGUCACUGUAACAACUCGCGAUGGUCGCAGUUUUACAGCAUCGUGCUUGGUUUCCACAAUUCCGCUCAAUGUGCUCAACGACAUUACUUUCAAUCCUCCCCUUGACCCUAUCCGCACACAGGCAACUAAGAUUGGUCAUGUCAACCAGUGUGUCAAGGUGCAUGCUGAGAUAUCGAAUAAGGAUAUGCGUUCUUGGACUGGAAUCUCUUAUCCGUUCAACAAGCUCACGUACGCGAUCGGAGAUGGAACCACGCCAGCUGGAAAUACGCACAUUGUAUGCUUUGGAGGACAGCACAAUCACAUUCAGCCCGAGGAAGAUGUAAAUGCAACCAAAGCGGCCGUGACAAGCAUGGCCCCUGGAAACAUGGAUAUCCAGCGCCUGGUCUUCCAUAAUUGGUCCAAGGAUGAAUUUGCCAAGGGAGCAUGGUUUUUCUCCCCUCCAGGAUUUAUCUCCAGCUCGCUCGAUGCGCUUCGCCAACGACAUGGAAACAUACUUUUUGCUAAUUCGGACUGGGCGAUUGGAUGGCGCAGCUUCAUUGAUGGGGCUAUCGAGGAGGGUACCCGGGCGGCUCUUACGGUGAAAGAAGAGCUUCGAUCUACUCCACUCCGAUCCCACCUGUAG